ACGACGCCAUGCGGGAGUCAGUAUAAGCGCUCGGGUUGUAGGUGAAAGGACCUCAAUAACGAGUUCCAGCCCGAUCCGGGUUGCUAAUUAUGCCAGGCGGCGAGGGGUCCGACUCCUCGAUAAAUUCAUUAACAAACGUUAAUAACAAUGAAUCGCGUUUGCCUACGGCCAGUGAGUCUGUUAUCAACAAUGACAGCUUGUGCGCGGAUGAUUGUGGUGAUAACGCGAUGACACUCGGUGAUGGGGUCAGGAGGCGAAAGGUCAUAAGGGCUGCUAAAGAAACACUCGAUAAGGCUUCGAGGCUGCUGAGGCGAAAGAUACCAUGCACUGGUCAUUUGAUGACUCCCCGCCGCCUAUGGAUCCAAAAGGUUCCAACUCAAGAAUGCGAUGUAGUAAUGUUGUUUCCAAAUGGCGCUAAUGACGAAAUACUAAUGUGGUUAUUAGGAAGAUUACGUGCUGGAACUCCAGGACUUGUAGUCCACGUUCGACAUCACACGUCAUCUGAUAGCUACGGAUUUUAUUUAACUGCACCCUUCCCUGUAUUAUUGAAGGCUGCAGAAGAAGUUCAUUUACCAAAAGCCCUAAGACAAGAGUACGGCGGAGGAUUGAAAGAAUUUAUCCACACUGAGAUAAAUUGUUUUGAAGGAAGUGACGACCAGACACUUUUUUUUACCACACAAGAGAGACAAUCUCUGGUGUUACAUCUUCUUCAUACUUUACGAGCGACUCACCAAGAUUUAUCAAGUCUUCCGGGUGUUAAAUUAGUCGAAGGUCAAGCUAUCAUACCCAAGUGUAUUUCUGCGGGCAUUAUUUCCCAGGUGUUUCCAUUACACGAACUUCCGGCUCUAGAAAAAUUACAAAAGAGCUGGGUGAGAGCCUUUUUAAGUCCGCAGCCGCUGGACGAAAUUUGUAAUUAUUUUGGCGUUAAAAUAACUAUGUACUUUGCGUGGCUGGGACACUACACUACUGCGCUUGUGGUUCCUGCUGCAGUGGGUGUCAUAUAUUGGGUCGGCAUCAUUGGCAGGAAUCAAGCAGUAGAAGAUGUGGCCUAUGUUCUUUUCUCGAUUUUCAAUGUUAUCUGGGCGACUGCGUACUUGGAAACUUGGAAACGUAAAGGCGCAGAGCUGGCCUACAAAUGGGGUACAUUAGAUCAACGGGACGAUUUACUUGUAGAACCACGGCCUUUGUUUGUCGGAACGUUGCAAGUAUCGCCCGUUACCGGAAGACUCGAACCCACGUACCCUAAUUGGAAACGAAAUGCCAUCCGUUACUGUAUCACCGUUCCGGUUAUCGCAGUCUCAUUAUUUUUCGUCUUCAUCGUCAUGAUACUGAGUUUCCAGAUCCAGGACUGGUGGGAUGCUAAAUUGGAGGCUGCUGGUUACGGCUUCUGGUUGAGUUACGUCCCAAAAGUGCUUUUAGCGAUAGUGAUAGCAGUGAUGGACGAAGCGUACUUCAAAAUAGCCGUUUGGUUAAAUGAUUUGGAAAACUAUCGACUUGACACCGAGUACGAGAACCAUCUGAUCUACAAAGUGGCCCUGUUUCAGUUUGUCAACUCAUUUCUCUCGUUAUUUUACAUCGCGUUUUAUCUCCAAGAUCAAGAAAGACUAAAGGAACAAUUGGCGGCACUACUGAUAGCACGGCAAGUGAUAAGUAAUUUGAAGGAAUCAGCGGUCCCAUACCUAAUCGAGCAAUUGCGACUAGCGCGACUCAGUUUCGAGAUGUUCGGGGCCUUGAGUCCCAGCGAAGCGCGAUCGCCACCAGAAGACACCAGUCCGUCGACGAAACCUGCAGAGGAGGCGACAGAAAAUCAGAAGCCCGAUAAUAAGGACGACAAGGCAAAGCAACAGCAGCUUCGGACCAUCAGCCAAGCGGAAUUGGAGAGUUCACUGUACCGAAUUCAGGCGAUCAAAAAGUACGACGGCGCAUUUUCCGAGCACUUGGAAAUGCUAUCGCAGUUGGGCUACGUGUGUUUAUUUUCAUCGGCGUUUCCUUUGGCGGCGAUGGCAGCAUUACUGGGUAAUUUAUUGGAAUUACGCGGUGACGCUUUUAAACUUUGUUUUGUGUUGCAACGUCCGUUUGGUCGACGGGUAUCGAGUAUUGGUACUUGGCAAAACGCAAUGGAAGCAAUGGGUUUAGUAGCAAUUUUGGUGAAUUGUGCCCUAAUUGGUCUGAGUGGUCAAGUGCAGCGCAUGUUUCCCGAGAUGUCAGCGACGCAAACAAUCCUUCUUAUCGUCGCCCUCGAGCACAUUAUGUUAGCAAUUAGAUUCAUAAUAAUCUGCGCGAUACCCGACAUUCCAAGCUGGGUCGCUACAGAAAUGGCCAAGGUUGAAUUUCUGAGGCGCGAGGCUGUCCGAAGGCUGUCAUCAACACCGUCCCCGGACCAACAGGCACAGACGGUUAUAGGGAGGUUCGUGGUGAGUCCAGCAGACGGUGAAAGCGAUGCCGAAGCGGCCCUCAUCAGCCAGGCUGGGUCCCACUCGGAGAAAAAUGGAGCGAGUCAGGAAGGGACACCUGCUGACACGGGAACGUCUUCAGCGAUCCACACCCCAAGCAGUCCACCGACACCCGGGGUAUCCGCGAUGCCUAAAAUAGCAGCGACGCCUCCAGCUCUGGAGACACCUGGUAGUAUUGGCAGCACCAGCGACUCCGGAAGUCUCUUCUCAGCGAGCUUCAACACCAGCACUACUCGCGAGUCUCAUAAUACUCCUAGAUGUUCGAUUCCCGGUGGAGAGCGGGGUCGGCGAUCUCGAGACUGGCUGACGAGUGAUCGUGACUCAUCAUCACCUGGUGCUGAUCAGUACAGCCAUCACUUGACUAUCGGUCCCCAUGGCGGAGUGGACUGGGUGAGGAAACUUGGACUCGAUGGAUCUGCUGGACGUAAGUCCAGUGAUUCGGAGAUCACUGGGGCUCCGGAGAGUAACGUCGAGGAUUUGACUCUUCAUCGAUCCACUGACUGCAUUGUGUCUAAAGAAUUGGCCUCGUCAUCGGACAGCGAUCUUCUGAGGUCAGCGCCUCCAUGGAUGCAAACCCACCGCAAUCAAAAAUUCCGGUUCUCGCCUGAGAAAGAAAAAGCCCGAGAACGUGACCGACAUCAUUCGGGAUCUCAAUCCGUACAAUUGUCACAUCAUUUACAGUUACGUGAUACGGAUUCACGUGAUCGUAGGUCUUCAGGUCAUGAAUCAAGCGGUGGAUUAUCCAGUGGAGGGCCAGGAAAUGACAAAGGAGCUCACGGGAUUGGCGCGGCAGGGCUGUCUGAUUCGACACGUACUAUUUCUAGUCAGGAGGAAGAAAAACCAUCGAAGGAAGACCGUGAAGCUAAAAAGACACGUGUUAAGCAGAGUCUGAUGAAACGCGCACGUUCGGUGGCGAUAUUUUCCCUUAAAUUAAAAGAACGACGGGCCAGAGAGGCUGAGGUUAAGGCCAAAGAGGCUGAGAGAGAAGCAAGAUGGCAACAGCCCCAAUCUUGCGUCGGGGGUGAAUUGUCUUGUAUACCCAUUGAGAAACUCAUAUCCGUUGAUGAUAUUGCCGCGAUGGAAGGUCGUAGAAUGAACCAUUAGUUUAUUUUUAUCAUUGAUUUUAUUUUAUGGUUUUGAUAAAAGGUGUUAGUUUAGGAAUAGCAAUAAGGAAUUUUUUGAGAUUUUUUCCAAGUGAUCCAAGGACUUUCAUGGAAUUUUUUUAAAUAUCAUUUAUUUUUUGACUUUUCAAAAAAAAUUAUUUUUAUACGA